AUGGAAUGGGAAAACCAAACCAUUUUGGUGGAAUUUUUUCUGAAGGGGCUUUCUGGUUACCCAAGGCUUGAGGUACUUUUUUUUGUGCUCAUCUUAUUAAUGUAUGUGGUCAUCCUUCUGGGCAAUGGUACCCUCAUCAUAAUCAGCAUCCUGGAUUCUCACCUCCACAGCCCUAUGUACUUCUUCCUGGGGAACCUCUCCUUCUUGGAUAUCUGCUACACUACCACCUCCAUUCCUUCUACUCUGGUGAGCUUCCUCUCAGAAAGAAAGACCAUUUCCUUCUCUGGCUGUGCAGUGCAGAUGUUCCUUGGCUUGGCCAUGGGCACAACAGAGUGUGUGCUCCUGGGCAUGAUGGCCUUUGACCGCUAUGUGGCCAUCUGUAAUCCUCUGAGAUAUCUCAUCAUCAUGAGCAAGAAUUCCUAUGUGACCAUGGCAGCUGGCUCCUGGUUUUUAGGAGUUGUCAAUUCUGCAGUGCAAACUGCAUUUGUGGUACAGUUGCCUUUCUGCAGGAAUAACAUCAUCAAUCAUUUCUCCUGUGAAAUUCUGGCUGUCAUGAAGAUGGCCUGUGCUGACAUUUCAGGUAAUGAGCUCAUCAUGCUUGUGGCCACAACAUUGUUCACUCUGAUGCCACUGCUCUUGAUUGUCAUUUCUUACUCAUUAAUCGUUUCCAGCAUCCUCAAGAUCCGCUCCUCUGAGGGCAGAAGCAAAGCCUUCUCUACGUGCUCAGCCCAUCUGACUGUGGUAAUAAUAUUCUAUGGUACCAUUCUCUCCAUGUACAUGAAACCCAAGUCUAAAGACACACUUGAUUCAGAUGGUCUGGAUGCAACAGACAAACUUAUAUCCAUGUUCUAUGGGGUGAUGACUCCCAUGAUGAAUCCUUUAAUCUAUAGUCUUAGGAAUAAGGAUGUAAAGGAGGCAUUAAAAAAUUUACUGAACAGAAGAUUAUUUAACAAGUGA